AUGACGACUUUAUUUGCAAUAGGAUCGAACGGAUCUGGUCAACUAGGAAUCGGACACAAAGAAGAUGUUUCCGUUCCUAAGCAGGUUCAUUUCCAAAAUGAAACACCAUCGUCAACUCCUCAAGUGAGAGCUGGUGGAAAUCAUACCUUGUUACUUUCUUCUGGUAGACUUUUUUGUUCCGGCGACAUAUCUAGUGGUGCUUGUGGAUUGGUUUCAGAACCAGAAAACGAUGAUUCAGGUUUUCGAGAGGUUCGUCUUGAUACAGAAGAAUCCUCGACCAGACACGACUCCACAAUAUGCUUUUGUGCAGCCACAUGGGAAGCUACUACUAUUGUUCUGAAAGAUGAAAGAGGGAAAGCGACGAAAGUUUAUAGCUUUGGUACUGGAAACAAGGGCGAAUUAGGCCAAGGGGAAUUGCUAUUUCGUUCCUCAAAGGCACAACUUAUUAAAGAAUUCCCGCCAGAUGGAUUGGAGGUCGUGGAUCUAGCAGCGUCAGUCAGUCAUGUCGUUAUAGUACUUGAAAACGGCGAUGUUUACGGAUGGGGGAACGGCAGGAAAGGUCAACUUGGGAAACCAGAUGCAAUUGUUCAUAUCCCCCGGAAGCUAGGUGGCAUUAACUUUAAAGUCGUACGGGCUGUUUGUGGCCGAGAAUUUACGUAUCUUCUCAGCGAUUGCACAGCAGGUGAGCAUGUUGUCCUUGGCUCUAACAAGUGGGAAGUAAUUUCAUCGGCGCCACUCCACGUACCGGGAUGGAAGGAUGUGGGCGCAAGUUGGGGUAGCAUAUUCGUGUUGCAAGAAGAUGGCAUUCUAUUAUCUUGGGGCAGAGAUGACCACGGACAGCUUAGUCCUCCUGGUCUACCACCACUUUCACAAGUAGCGAUUGGCAGCGAACACGCUUUGGGCCACGCUCUUGAUGGAAGAGUCUUGGCUUGGGGUUGGGGCGAGCACGGUAACUGUGGACCGAAUACCGAACAUGGUGAUGUGAAGGGCCGGUGGAAUGUUAUUGCCUCUUCACAGUAUUUGCCGCCCUCAGCCAGAAUGUCAGGCAUUGGGGCAGGCUGCGCUACAAGCUGGGUGUGCAUCGUUGCUUGA